UCACAUACUAAUUCAUCCUCUCCGUAUAUAGGAAAGGUUCCAGUAGCAGCUGGUGCAAAGAUGUGACUUCCAUCUGGUCCCGUGUGAUUGACUAUUCCUAGGAGACUAUAUUAGAGGGCUUCUGCAUAAAAGUUGAGCUAUUUCCCAAUCUCUUUUGUGGAUAAAUAAAGAAGAUUUAAGAUAUCAAAAAUGUCAGCUGGUGAGGCCUUCGUCACCCUGGCCACCACAGAUUCCUACUGCAUGGGAGCCACAGUGGUGGCCAGGAGUUUACGUCGGCAUGGGACAACUCGCAGCAUUGUCGUCAUGGUCACACCAAACGUCUCACAAGAGUCAAGGCUUGCCCUUGAGAGUGUGUUUGAUUUGGUCAUCGUGGUGGAUAUGAUGGACAGUGAGGACUGUCUCCACCUGUCCCUGCUGGGACGUCCUGAGCUCGGCAUCACCUUCACUAAGAUCCACUGCUGGACUCUGACCCAAUACAGCAAGUGUGUCUUUCUGGAUGCUGACACACUAGUUCUGUGUAACGUGGACGAGCUGUUUGAGAGAGACGAAUUGUCGGCAGCUCCUGAUCCCGGCUGGCCCGACUGCUUCAACUCAGGCGUGUUUGUCCUCAGACCGUCUCUCCACACCCACACCAGGCUCCUGGAUCACGCCCUGCAGCAUGGCAGCUUCGAUGGAGGGGACCAGGGCCUGUUGAACUCUUUCUUCAGUAGCUGGCCGGUGGAAAAUAUCCAUAAACACCUGCCAUUUGUCUACAACCUCAGUGCCAGCUCCAUCUACAGCUACCUCCCUGCUUUCCAACAGUUUGGCCACAAUGCAAAGAUUGUACAUUUCCUAGGAGCAAUGAAACCCUGGAGCUCAAGCAGCCAGAGGGAUGACAGCCACUCAAAAACCAUGGAACAGUUUUUGACUCUGUGGUGGAAGGAAUACCUCAGUCACACAACAUCAUCUGCACCAGGGAAACAGCUCACUCAAGACUGGGAGAAACCACAACAGAUCCAAGAACAAAAAGCCAAGAUGCCAUUUACAGAAAACUUGGACAGCUCCAACUCAUUGCUUGCACAUUUUUCACCCCCGACUGCGAGCCUUUAUUCACCCUGUGAAGAAAAGAUG